GGAAGCUAGGCAUAGAAAAUGGCAACUACAAAGAGCAAGGUUCUUGUGGUUGGUGGAACACUGGUUACAUGGGGGGGAGGAUUGUCAAGACAAGCCUAGCUAGCAGCAGGCCACCCAACUUAUGUUCUUCAAAGGCCGGCAUCGGAGAUUGGCAUCGACGUUAAGAAGCUACAAAUGCUGUUCUCGUUUGAGAAGCAAGGGGCUCACCUCGUCGAGGGUUUGUUUUCAGAUUUCCAGAGCCUCGUCAACGCUGUCAAGCUAGGUGACGUGGUCAUAUGCACAUUGUCGGGGACGCAUUUCCGGAGUCACAACAUUAUGUUGCAGCUCAAGCUUGUAGAAGCCAUUAAAGAAGCUGGAAAUGUUAAGCCCCUGCUGGUCCCCACAUGAAUUUACGUAAUAUGAUUGGGUGUUAACUGGGGACUUUGUGAGAGCAGGAGGCUACUGCCUCUUCACGACCAUCUUCAAACUCAUUGGAGCAAGAGGCAAUGCCAAGGUAAGAGCCUGUUGCUUGUUAGCUUCACUUGUUGGCACCACCGAAUCUGCUUCACCUGUUUGCACCACCGAAUCUGCUUCAUCUGUUGGCAUCACAGAUUCAGCUUCUAACUCCACUUCAUCCUCAAGAAUCAUAUCAAGGCAAAGGGUUUGUGCGGGUCCUGAGCUAGGGCAAGUAGUGCCCUUCUCUACAUUGGCAUGUUCCAAACUAAGUUCCCCUGCAGAUGAGUCCGCUUC